AUGACUACCGUCGCCCUCGCCCGGCCUAUCCCGCCUCAUCGUCCCUCGUCAACCAUCACCCCGCCCCUCUCCCUCGAAACCAGCACCAGUUCUUCUUCGCCAUGUUCUGUUCCUGUUCCGAAUAAGCAUAUCCCCAUCUGUCCCACUGGCCCCGCUCGCCCCGAUGAGCCAGAUACUCCGCCACCGUCUCCGCCGUCUCAUGAUCGACUUCGACAGAUCUCGGCCCUAUAUCCACUCGAUGACUUGAGCCGACUUGAGUCUGGCGCACUCUCCAUCUUCGAACUUGAUGCACCCAAGGUAGCUGAGGCGCUCGACGUUGCCUCCCGCCAGCCAUUGCCCGACCCUUCCCUCGUCUUUCCGUGGUUUCAUGGUCUCCAUCCCCAGAACCAUGUUCAACAGUCAUUCUUCGCUGCUCGACGACGUGCUCUCAGAAGGACGCCUUCCUGCCUCAGAACCAUCACUCUUGUCAAGGCCGAUGGCGACCUCAGCUGUGCACGACUCAAGGGGGCGAUUGCCCCUAAUGAGAUUCUUCAGACUGGUAGCAAUCCCGAAUUCAUCGAGGCGGAUCCGCGAGAGGGCUUUUCUGUCCGAAACUUUCAGAUUCAGACGGUGAAAAGUGCUGUCAUGUCAGACAUAAUUGUCUAUGGUCGAGAUUUGGCAAAGACACGCAAGGUAGCGUGGGAUAUUGCGGCUGCGCAGAAUCGAUGGCGGGAGAAGCAUGAAGCUCUGGGGGCCUGCUUGCCCGAGUACAACACCUUCGUCUGUACAAGCCCGUUUUCGAAAUUCCAGGAAAACCACCCUGAGAUCGUGGCCAUCGACGCAUCGGGGCACUUGACUGGCAAUGUCAUCGACUUUUUCAACCAGGAGAGGCGGGAGAUGUGGGCUAUGACUGAGGCCUCGGAAAUUUCGAAGAACGUAUUUAUGGGCCCUACCCCCGAACAAGGGAGCCCUGAGGAGCAGGCAUUUGAUAUCCUAAUCGAGUGUAGCGACCUGGGACGUCUGAACCCACUGGCACUCCAGCUCAUUGCAGAGAGCCCCGACGACGAUGGCAAACAUCGUUUUCUCGACUUCCCCUCGUCAGGCAGCAUAUUGCCACCGACAUGGUCUCAUUCCGAAACAGAUGGAAUUCUUGAGACCUGUAAAUGGAUAUACCAUCUUGCUCAUGGUACUUAUCCUGAACCAGAACGGGAUACUAACGAGACCGACGCGGAAGGAGACUCCCCUAUGCCAUCCGAUGAUCAUCCAACCUUUGAAGUUCGACCUCGAAAGAUUCUCCUCCACUGCGCCGAUGGCUAUACCGAGUCGACCAUGCUAGGCAUUGCAUACUUUAGUUAUAGCACUGGUCUACCUGUCCCGGAGGCGUGGCUACAACUUCACACGACCAAGAAACGCAAUUUCUUUGCCUACCCAACCGACGUGGCCCUAUUGACAUCCAUCACACCAAGAUUGCUCCGAGAAUCCCCUGUAUGUAGCGGGUUGAGCUUGACUGAAAUCACUCACCUGACGAGGGAUGAGCCGAGCUGGUUUGGUGCUCUCGAUGGGUCAUUCCCAAGCCGCGUUCUUGACUACAUGUACCUGGGCAAUCUGGGCCACGCAAACAAUCCAGACCUUCUUAAAGCCCUCGGGAUCACUCAGAUUCUGAGUGUCGGUGAAACGGCUAUGUGGCGAGAAGGUGACCUGGAAGAAUGGGGAGAAGAAAAUGUCUGCAUGGUUCAGGGAGUUCAGGACAACGGCAUUGAUCCCUUGACGGAUGAAUUUGCUCGAUGCCUCGAGUUUAUUGACCGAGGAAGACGAAAUGGUACUGCGACUUUGGUGCACUGUCGGGUGGGAGUAUCCCGUAGUGCCACCAUCUGCAUCGCCGAGGUGAUGCGUGCGAAAAACAUGUCGUUCCCUCACGCAUAUUGCUUUGUCCGAGCCCGCCGACUGAAUGUAAUUAUUCAACCACACCUGCGAUUCGCCUACGAGCUCUUGAAGUGGGAAGAGGCACUUCAGCAGGACGGUGACCCUGACGCUGAGGUCAAGAGAACACUGGAGUGGGGGGAGAUUGCGCGAGAAAUCGCCCUCAUGAAUCGCCCCUACUCCAGGUGA